CCUUAGUUCUGUUUAGUAACUCGCAGCCAAACGACGCAUGCGUACAACCGGUGAACUAAAUACGCGAGUUUAUUACUAAAAAAACAAACUAAAUCAAAACAAGUGUAAUUAUUAUAAUCUGUGAAUAUAAAUACUUUUUUUUUGUAUAAAACUCUGUGGUGUUUGUUCCAAAUUCAAAGUUUGAAUUGCAUUUGAAAGAUUAAAGAAUUUGCCCUUGGAAUGCCAGUGUGAUACAAGAUGUCGAGCACAGUGGAGGUGAACUCGCGAGCCUUGGGACGAGCGCACCUCUCUCAUCUACCACAACGCCCGGCAGUGAACCUUAGCUUCCAGGACCUUAGUUACACUGUGCAGAAUGGAAAAAGUUCAAAGAUAAUCCUGCGCAGUAUUAACGGUGACUUUCGGUCGGGGCAGCUGACUGCCAUCUUGGGACCAUCGGGCGCUGGCAAAAGUACUUUACUGAACAUACUAGCUGGAUAUAGGGUAGCAGGAGCGUCAGGAACAAUAUUUACCAAUGGGGAGCCUCGAGACCUCCACCAGUUCAGGAAGCUGUCCCGGUACAUCAUGCAAGAGGACUUACUGCAACCGUACAUCACGGUACAGGAGGCCAUGAUGAUUGCUGCUGAUCUCAAGUUGGGAAACGGGAUUACUAAGGAGAAGAAGCUGGUUAUUGCCGAAGAAAUCAUUCAACUGUUAAGGCUACAGAAAGCAAGGAAUACAGCAACGGAGAGGCUAUCAGGAGGUGAAAGGAAACGAAUUUCAAUAGCUCUAGAACUACUCAACAACCCACCGGUUAUAUUCUUGGAUGAACCUACCACGGGUCUAGAUGACGUAGCAUCUUCAACAUGUGUGUCACUCCUGAAGCGGGUGGCUCGGGGAGGGAGGACCGUGGUCUGCUCCCUCCACACUCCAUCAGCUCGUCUGUUCGCCGAGUUUGACCAUGUGUACGUGGUGGCGGGUGGUCGCUGUGCCUACCAGGGCACUGCACCAGGCGUGGUGCCCUUCCUCAAAGAACUACAGCUGCCCUGCCCUAAGACUUACAAUCCUGCUGAUUUUAUAAUCGAAGUCUCAAGUGGCGAAUAUGGAUCUCACGUUGACAAAAUGGUAUCAGCUGUGGAAAAUGGGAAGAACCAGCGUUGGAGGACUUACGCUAUCGAGGAGACUCCAGGGGAGCAAUUUGAGGAGAUGGAGAUUGAACAGUUGAACACUGGAGGUGUUGAGAAGCAUAACUAUAAGCAUGGAUGUUCAGCUUGCCAGCAGUUCAUUGUUUUACUAAAGAGGAUGUUGUUACAGACGGUUAGGAAUAAGAGCUACCUAUGGCUACGUGUCGGCUUACAUUUGUUCAUAGGAUUCAUUGUAGCCAGUUUGUUCAACAAGAUGGGUUACGACGCUUCGAAGACUAUCUUCAACUUCGGUUUCUGCUAUGCCUGUACUAUUGCCAUGCUGUAUAUUCCUAUGAUGCCGGUUUUACUUGCCUUUCCAACAGAAGUCCAGCUGGUUAAAAGAGAGUAUUUCAACCGCUGGUAUGGUUUGAAGCCCUACUAUGCUGCGCUGGUGAUGUCAAGGACUCCUGCAACAAUAUUCUUUAGUCUUUUAUAUGUGGUCAUUGCUUACCCUAUCACAUCACAACCCAUGGAGCUGGAUAGGAUAGUCAUGUUUGCCUCUACGUGUAUCCUUAUAGCUCUUAUAUCAGAGUCUAUGGGAACUGUUAUUUCAUCAAUGUUGAAUGUUGUGAACUCGGUAUUCAUGGGUCCAGCUAUGAGCGUGCCAUUGAUGCUGCUAGCUGUUUAUGGCAUAGGCAGUGGAGAUGAUCCUUUGCCAAUCGUAUGGAGAUUGGCAAGAGCAUGUUCCUUCCUCCGUUAUGGUAUUGAAGGCCUAGUAGCAGCAAUAUACGGGCCUCCCAGAGAUGAUCUCAUUUGCCCAGACCAUGUAGACUAUUGUGAAUAUAAGAAUGUUGCUUACUUCGUAAAAUUGAUGGGGAUGUCUGGCGUAUCAUUCUGGGUGGAUUUCAGCGUUUUAGUCUGUAUCUUACUCGCCAUGAAUCUCACUGGAUAUUAUCUCCUACGGCAACGGUUGUCGCCUAACUACGCUUUCAGAGCCAUCAAGGUGAUAGGCAACUUCAUCAAGACUAAGAUGAGCUCCUACUCAUGAUUUGAAACACUAUCAUCAUCUUUAGGUGUUUAACAAAAUGAUUGUGUACAUACUAAGAUUAGAUUGUGGAAUAUAUACUUAAAGCACUAUUUAUGGAAUGUUUAUACCAUUAUUUUAUUCAUUUGAAGUUUUCGUUUUAUAAUAGCGAAUGUGUCAUUUAUAAUUGGGGUGUUUCAAAAUUGAAGUUUCCAAAAUGUUUGUUUUUUUUUAUUUAAUCAAUUGAUUAUAAUUAGUUUUGUUUAAGAUUUUUUUAUGUUUCUACAUAAUUAUAAAGGAUAAUAUCAAACCACUGUGAUAGCAUGUAAAGUUUUGAAGUGGUUCCUAUAUACAAUAGGUUUAGUCGAAUGGACGGGAAUAUUUCCUUUUAAUUUGUUAUGCUAUUUAUUAUCGGUUAUGGGGCAUAAAUUAUAAAAACUUAGUCCAAAAUUGAUUGUCGGUGUCACAGAUGCGCGGUGAGAUCAUAUCAAGGCUUUAUAAAGGCCUUCAACUCUACAUACGAUUACUAUUUAUCUGUUAACGUGCUUCCUGUGUUACUCGGGUCUCCACGCUUGGUGUGGUGGCUGGGCAACCGGCUGCCGCGCAAUGUGUCGCGGGUUCGAUUCCCGCACGGAGUAAC